AUGCAAGGUUUCAAUAGAACUACUGUGGUCACACAGUUCAUCCUGGUGGGAUUUUCCAGCCUAGAGAAGCUCCAGCUGCUGCUUUUUGUCACUUUCCUUCUACUGUACUUGACAAUUCUGAUGGCCAAUGCAACCAUCAUGACUGUCAUUCGCUUCAGCCAGACACUACACACGCCCAUGUAUGGCUUUCUAUUCAUCCUUUCCUUCUCUGAAUCCUGUUAUACAUUCGUCAUCAUCCCUCAGCUGCUGGUUCACCUGGUCUCUUCCACCAAGACUAUCUCCUUUGUGGCCUGUGCCACUCAGCUCUUCUUUUUCCUUGGUUUUGCCUGUACCAACUGCUUUCUCAUUGCAGUAAUGGGGUAUGAUCGCUAUGUGGCAAUCUGCCAUCCCUUGAGGUAUACACUUAUCAUGAACAAAAGACUUGGACUGGGGUUGGUUUCUCUGUCAGGAGCCACAGGCUUCUUAAUUGCUUUGGUGGCCACCAACCUCAUCUGUGGCAUGCCUUUUUGUGGCCCCAAUAGAGUCAACCACUAUUUCUGUGACAUGGCACCUGUUAUCAAGUUGGCCUGCACAGACACCCACAUAAAAGAACUAGCACUCUUCAGCCUCAGCAUCCUGGUGAUCAUGGUGCCCUUUCUGUUAAUUCUCAUAUCCUAUGGAUUCAUUGGUAACACCAUCCUGAAGAUCCCCUCAGCUGAGGGCAAGAGGAAGGCCUUUGCCACCUGUGCCUCCCACCUUACUGUGGUCUUUGUCCACUAUGGCUGUGCCUCUGUCAUCUACCUUCGGCCCAAGUCCAAGUCUGCCUCCGACAAUGAUCAGUUGGUAGCAGUCACCUAUACUGUGGUUACUCCCCUACUGAAUCCCCUUGUUUACAGUCUGAGAAACCAGGAGGUGAAGAUUGCAUUGAAAAGAGUCCUAGGAGUCCCUGUGGCAACAAAAGUGGUCUGA